GAAUAAUAAACGUUCAAAGUGUAUACACUAAAAAAAUAAAUAAAAUAAAAAAUACAAUAAUAACAACAAAAAUAUUGAUUAAAAAUUAAAGAAGAAAAUAAUUUAAAGCACAAUACACAAUUUUCACUGUGCCUUUAUUCGCAAUCGAAACGAGGGAAAUUCAGUUGGAUUACAAAAAUAAUAUGGAUUUUAUAAGAACCUGGAAAGCAUAAUAAGACAUGAUUUCUGAUAUUAUAUUAUAACAUUACUUGAAGGCGUUUAACUAUAACUUGCUUGUUAAAUGCAUCCACCAACAUUUCUUGACUAUAAAUAUUAAAACGAUAUAAUUUCAAUCAACGCAAGUACCAUUCAAUAAGAACACAACAACCACAAGGUUCACCGAUGGCUGGUCAUAAGCUGCAGUCUUGAAACACACACACAGUUCAAAAAAAGUGCAAAGUGUGAAAAGUGCACACAAAUAAUAUUUCCUCACACUUAAGUAGUGAGAUAGCUUUUUUCUUGUUUUUGUAAUAAAAAGAUAUACAAAUAAAUAACGGCAGACGGCGCGUGGAAAAUACCAUUAAAAUAUUUAUCUAAAAAAUUUUGAAAAUACCAACGUUAACAAACAAACAUUUAGUCAAUAAUAAAAACAAAAAAACAACAACGACAGUAGCAGCAGCAACAACAAUGAAUGCGGCGCACAACAAUCAACGCCGCCGGCAACGGCAUAAGUCAGCGGGCGUAAUGGCCACACCAGCCAUGGUACUCGGUCGGUCAACAGCCAGCAAGUUGGCGGCGCAAACACCGACCAUCGUUUUUACCGCCGCCACGCUGUACAUUUGUCUGCACGUCUGCUGUCUGCUGCAGCUGGGCGAGGCACAUGUGGCGCUCACCUAUCCACCUGCGCGAAAAUAUGAUUUGGACUUUUUGGAUAACUCACGUACGAAGGGACCGUGUGGCAUGCCAAAAGGCACAAUACGUACUUCCAUACUUUCUGGUUCGAAAUUUAAUGCCACUUGGCACUUAGCAUAUCCGCAUAAGGGUGGCUUCCGCCUGCAAUUACUCGACGCGCUCGACCGUCCUUUGUUGGACCUAACACCGCACGUGAAUGAAUCUGAAUUCGUGCGCACGGAUGUUACAGCCCAGUCCUUUCAAGUGAGCAUACCCAAAGAUUUCGAGUGCUUUAAUUGCACACUGCGCCUGUUGCGUCAGGCUGAUGAAUGGUCAGCCGGUUAUCGUUUUUGGUCUUGUGCCGAUGUUGAUAUAAAGAAUCGCAAAGACUUCCGUGAGACUUGUUCGGGCAAUGGCAAAUAUUUCCCAUCGCGUUGUAAAUGCGAUAAGAACUUUUAUGGCCCGCAGUGCCAAUACAAAGAUGAGUGUUCCAGCAAUACAGACUGUGGUAAUCAGGGCAAGUGUAUUGAUCUGGCCGGCACAUCACUGCCACGUAAACAGUGUUAUUGCAAUUUCGGUUGGAAUGGCAUCGGCUGUAAUAAGAAAUCACCUUAUAGGACUACCGAAAUAGACAUGACCGCAUAUUCAAUGAAACAAUUGUCGCCAGAUUAUCAAAUGUAUUGGCGUUUGUUGGAAGAGCAUAAGGAAAUUGAGUUUGUACUCAAAGUAAAUGGCACUUCGUGGGUAGGUUUGGGUUGGCGUCCGAAUUCACUUAAUGCUGAGUGCAAAAACUUCCCACUCAUACGUGACAUUGGCGAUUUGAAAACCACGUUAACCGCAAGUGAACCAAGUGCUGAACCAGAGCCCGAACCGAGUGCUGAACCUGAACCCAGUGCGGAGCCUGAACCGAAAGCGGAACCAGAACCGAAAGCAGAGCCAGAGCCAUCAGCUGAACCUGAACCUAAAGCGGAACCAGAACCAGAACCUUCAGCGGAACCUGAGCCAAAAGCAGAACCUGAACCUAUCGCUGAACCAACACCAGAACCGUCGGCUGAACCGGAACCAAGCGCUGAACCCGCGCCAGAGCCAGCUGCAUCCACAAAAUCCAAACGGGUAGCUAAACAUGACGAUGAUUUACUACAGAGCAUGGAUGGAGUUACGUCAGUGGCGACAAGUGUGUCAUAUCGCGUGAGCUCCUCAGCAGGACGCAGACGACGUCAAGCGCCAGAAACGACCACUGAAAACGAACCAAAACCUGAACCUGAACCAGCAGCUACACCAGAGCCGAAAGCGGAACCAGAGCCUACCGCUGAACCAGAGCCAAAGGCGGAGCCGGAACCAAAAGCGGAACCCGAACCAAAUGCAGAACCGGAGCCUAGCGCAGAGCCAGAGCCGAAAGCAGAACCAGAGCCAAAGGCUGAGCCGGAACCAAAAGCCGAGCCGGAGCCAAAAGCCGAACCAGAGCCAAUAGCCGAGCCGGAACCAAAAGCCGAGCCAGAGCCAACAGCCGAGCCAGAACCAAAAGCCGAACCAGAACCAAAAGCCGAACCAGAGCCAUCAGCUAAACCAGAACCAUUCUCAAUACCGGAACCAUCUGCCGAGCCAGAGCCAUCUGCAGAACCGGCCCCAGAACCCAAUUCUGUACCGGAGCCAUCAGCCGUACCGGAACCGCAUUCCAAACAAACUAUUACCAAAAGUGAACCGAAAUUGAGACUGAAUCCCUAUACACCGAAAUUCGAUUUCAAUCCUAUGGAUUGUACAGACAUAGUUAUUGGCUCAGCACGCGGUAUGGCCAGUCGGGUUGGCGAUUACUACACACGUGACCGUUCUACACCACGCAAAGACGAGUUCUACGGCGGCAAAUCAGAUCUUUCGCUUGGUACAGGCUUUGAAGAGAACGGUGUAACCACAAUCAUCUUCCGCAAGAAACUCGUAGCCACUGAGCCUACAGAUCACACUUUGGACGAUGCAUUGACACAUGUCAUUUGGGCGAAGGGUCAGGAACCUAAUCAAUAUGUGCAUAUACCAGCGUCAGGCAUCGAAACGGAAAGCGCGUCUGUAAAAGACUUCUAUCAACCAGACGAACUCAAGUAUCACGGACACAAAAUGCAACGUGGCGUUACACAGUUGAAUUUCUUCGAAAAGGAAAAGACUGUCACCAAAGACGGCGUAACGGAACCCUCCAUCAAUUUACUGGGCAACGACUGCAUGGGUCAUUGGAAAUAUCCAAGCAACUGUUCGCCUGAAAAUCACACCUGCGAAUAUUAUGCAGCAUGGGAAACGGUGGGACGCGGUGACGUGAUGCGUUGGCAUAUAGAGACUUCGAACACAAAGACCUGGACCGGUAUUGGUUUCAGUAAUGACGAGAAAAUGUCACAAACGGAUGCCAUUAUCGGUUGGGUGGAUCGCAAUGGACGUCCCUUCUUAAUGGAUACAUGGAUCAAUGGCUACGGUGCACCCAAACUGGAUGUGCGUCAAGACAUUAUCGGUACACCGACCGGACGCAUCGAGUACGGCGUGACUAUUUUGGAAUUCGAUCGUAAACGUGUGAGCAAUGAUGAGCAGGACUUAUCGUUCACCGAUGAUCAUUGUCUAUAUUUAUUCUUCCCUGUGCUGGGCGGCGCUUUCCACGCCGUAAACAAGAAAAUGGCCAAACACGAACGCACGCCGACUAUUUCGGCUACACGCGUCUGCAUUAAGUCCUGCGGCAAAGAACUAGAGAGCAUUAUGAAUACAGCAACACCAGCUCCUGAUCGGCUUGUGUACGCUGUUGGUGUAAAACUCAUGAAACUCGCAGAAUCCUUCGAGGCACCAGCACCGGGUUCAGUGGAAUUCAAUAACUUGGCCGCCACUAUUUCGGACUCUUUCAAUGGUGUGCUAAAUAGUAUACCUGGUUACUAUAAGACGGAAAUAGUCGGUUUUGAAAAACAAGGCACAACAGUGUUAGCCAAACUGCAAGCGAUGUUCGAUAGAGCCGAUUAUGAGAAGGGACAUGCAUUGGCGACAAAUACCGUUGGCGUUGAUAACAGUGAAGCGGUUAAGAGUGGUGAAAUAGUGAAAGCAGCAUUGCAGGAUAAAAUUGCCACGGGCAAAGUGGGCUCACUCACCGUAGAUCCACAAUUUUUGGAUUUCAUGGCGUUAGAAUACAAAGUCGCCGACAAAAGCGAGGACACACUCCUCUCAUUCUUCGAGCUCUCCGAAGUGCGCUUGUACAUAGUGCUCGGCCUCAUAGCAGCUUUGGUAUUCAUUGCAUUGGUGCAAGCGAUUUGUACCAUCUGCAAGACAUCGCGCAAAAACAAAGCACAGAAGGAUACACUCAUACAAAACUCCCCGUGGAAGGACUUCGCUUCGAACACCAACUACGCCUUCGACCCUUACGGUGAGACGGAAGAGAAGAAUCUAACUACAUCCACGACUGUAGGCGCUUCCGGCAAAGAGAAGUCUCGCAGCCGCUCCUCCAACUCGAACGGUCAACAACAGACCACACUACCCAUGUCGCACUCGCCCACCAGCAAAUCGCAACUCUACUACGAGGGCGCCAACGGACACGGCGCUAACGGCGAUCAGCGCUCACGCAGCCGCAAUCACUACGAGAACGGCACGCACGACUACCGCAGCAAUGGACGCGCGCAACGCAGCACCGGCAAUAUCGCCGCCGCCGCCGCCGCGUCCGCAGCCAAUGAGAAUGGACACUAUGAUCGCUACGAGCGCGAUCGCAGCAAUGAACGAGGCGGCGGCUACUCGCGCAGCUCAUACGCCGAACGCGCCUACUCGUUGCCGCGUCAGCAGGCGCAACAGCAACAGCAUGCCAAUAUGCAGCCAUCCGGCUACUACACGCAAGAGCGCCGCGGUCAUCGACCCACCACAACAGCGGCGCAUGCAGCGCGCGAAGAGCGCAAUGGACGUCACUACCGCGACGGCUCACGAACGCGCGAGGAUCCACGCAUGAGCUCCAGCGGUGGCGCUGACACGCCCGACUUCUACUUCAUGCCGUCGCAGCGCAAGUACUCGGGCGAAGUGGUGCGGGUGUAUGUGGACUACAAUAAGGACCCCAACAAUUGAGGUGCUGUGCUGUUGGGCGCGCGUUGAACGAAUUUGGUGGCGUUUUUUCUUCAUAGAUAAAUGUAUGAUUGUAGUUUAUGUGCAGAACAGCAGUUGAUUGAAUGAAGUAGUAAAGCGAAUGCCCGUUGCCACUUUGAAGCGUUGAAGUUGAGCGCGCGAGUUCUAACACAUAGUCCACUGCAACCACAGCAAAACCAUUUAGUCAACAGCGAAACAAUUCAAAUAAUUAUUGCGGUUUCAAACCGUUGUGGGUUGCGUUCAUCGAUUGUUAUCGUUGAAGUCGAAGUGCGUACCCCUUGGAGCAGCGAGUUAUUUAUGAAGUAAACAAUGAAUAGUAUACAAAUAA